AUGUCUCCAGAUACCCCUCCCGACUCCCCCCAGUCAUUUGCAACGGCCCUCCUUCCGUCGUCGCUCAUGGCCGUCCACAAGGACCGUUUUGAAGCGGAAUUCGGCAGGAAGAAACGGAGCGAACGUGCUCAUGGACCACAUGUCUAUGAGGACACCGAAUGGGUCGAGGAUGAUCUUGAAGACCGGGUCCAACUCAUCGGGAGCUCCCUAAACCGUGACAUGAAUCGCCUAAACCUGUUGCUCCAAAAGGACCGUAACGAUGCUAGGCAAAUAAGUAGCUGGCAGGCCCGUAUCGACCAUCUAGAACGAGAAUUGAAAGCUUCUAAUGCGGAGCGAGAUGCAUUACGCAUAGCUCUGGAAGAGUCGCAGAGCCGUUCGGCUCAAGAGAAGGAUGUUGCACGCCAUCACGAAUCGCUGCAAAACCAGCUCAGCGAGAUGCAAAAUCAAGUCCAGACCCUGAACAAAAAAGCAGAAUUUCAGGCGGCAAUGCUCACGAAGAAGGAUAACUUGCUUCAGAAGCACACAAAAGCCUCGAAUCUGAAGGUGCAAAAAGAGAAGACUCAGCUGGAGGAGGCCCUUGAAAAAGCUAAGCGGCGGGCCGCUGAUGCACAGAAAAAUGCCCGAAACGCUGAGAGCGAGCGUGACGAGGCGCAGAAAACGCUGGAGGAAACCAGGAAAAAGCUUAUGUCGUCACGGCAUAAACGAUCGAUUGUUGAAGAUCAACGCAAGACACUGGAGAAACAAAUCAAGGAGUUGAAAGAUGAACUGUCGAAAAAGAAAGAAAAGAAACGCCGGUACUUUUGGUAG